UUGGCCGUGGUGUCGGGACCCGUCGCCCCCUUCGUGCCCUAUAUCAGUGACACUGGAACUAAGCCUCCAGAGAGCGGUAUCUUUUGCUUUAUGAUUAAUAUUUCAUCAAUUUUAGGUGUAGCUACAAUGUGUAUCAGAUCCUUAGUAAUAGAAAAGCAAAAUGAGUCAUCACGCUUUAUUAGUCCUACAUGCAACAUACUUUCAUUAUGUAUUGGAUUGUUGGGUUGUGUCGGAAUGGCCAUCGUUGCAUCCUUUCAGGAGCUGUCUGUUACCAGUGUCCAUGACGUAGGAGCUUUGGUGGCAUUUGGCUCUGGUGUUGUAUACAUUACCCUGCAGUCUAUCAUCUCUUACAAGUCCUGUCCGCAAUGGAAUACUUACCUCAUGUGUCGCAUCAGGAUGGCUAUAUCUCUAAUAUCAUGCAUUGCUGUCAUCCCCAUGAUUGUGUUUGCUUCACAAAUUCCCAUGUCAAAAAUCCAUUGGAUUCCAAGUGAAAAGGAUUAUGUUUAUCAUUUUGUGAGUGCCAUCUGUGAAUGGAUAGUGGCCUUUGGUUUUAUCUUCUUCUUUUUCACCUUCAUUAGAGAUUUUCAGAAAGUUUCUUUACGGGUAUCAACAGAAAUGUAUGAAGACUGCUGAUCCUGAAAAUUAUGUUUUGCAUGGAUGAACAUUUUAGGAUUGUUCUUACUUACAUAAAUUUUGCAG